AUGGAAAAAACCUAUGACCAUUAUUCCGACACAACCAAAUCACUUCUCGCCGAACUAGCAGACCUAGUUCACGCUCUUACCUUCCAAGAUGGAUCCGACGACGAACUAGUCGGACGCAUCCAACAAUGGACCAUCACAAAAAAUACCACAUCCAAACAUCUCUUCAAACUUUUACGAAACAGCAUUCACAUACCACAAUACGCUUGUCUCCUCGCCUUCUUUUACAACUAUUCAAUCGGUACUAAGUAUAAUCCACGUAAAACACUAAAAUAUUAUCAGUUAGCUGCGGACAUGGGCGACGGGUUUGGGGCAAAUCAAACAGGAAUGUGUUAUGGAUGGGCUAUCGGUGUUAAGCAGUGUGAUUUGCGAAUGGAAAUUCGGUAUUAUCGUAUUUCUGCAGAGUUGGGUCAUCCGCAGGGACAGUCAAAUUUGGCGCACGUGAUAAAGAGAAGAGAUGUCCCCGAGUUUUGUGAUAAGCGUGAAGUGUUGUUUUGGUAUCUGAAGGCUACAGAGACUGGGUACCCAGCUGCGUUUUCGUACGUCGCAGAUUGUUAUAAAAAUGGGUAUGGUACUAUGGUGGAUUAUCACAUGAUGCUUCGUUGGUAUACAAAGUAUUUGAAGAAAAAGAGUGUCGUAACUGGCUUGGAUUUCCUUUAUACAAAGUUAUUAGAAAUUAUAACAUCCAAAAAUAAAGCCACGCCAAAUGGUCAAAAGCGUAAACCGAAACGCUUAAAGGGGACACUACGGAAUACCCGAUGUUCUCGAGAACAACAAUUUGCUCUUGCUAAGAAUAUAGUAACCUCUACGUUCCAAUAUUUAUUAAAAGAUUCUGACACACAAGAUAGACGGAUUCGUUAUCGUGAGAAAUUAAGGAACUUUACAACCGGCGCGCAAAAUUCCUGGAGAAGCAAUUCGAAAGUGGAGGAUAAUUUCCCAACAAGUUGA